CUGACUUUCAAUCCAAACCCCGCAACUUACUAAAAGAUCAUAACGAAGAUGGCCUAGAAAUCUUGAUGCAGCUCUUGCUGCCGUCAUACAACCAAUCAUGGCGAGUUUUGUCGUUGCUGUUUGCGGGGGACGGCCAGCAACUGCUCCGUCCAGCAGCAGCAACGCAACUUCGACCGACGAGGAGUGUCCUGCUCCGGCUGGAGUUUCGAUAGUCGUCGAGUCAGAAAAUGACGUAUUGGUGGAGAGCAAAACUGCGAAUGUGAGCCAAGAAGAGGGUUGGACAUCACCUGGAGGCACAAAGAGGCCGAUGCUCUUCGCCUCGGACGCGGCGACAGGUAAGUUUCCACCCGGUGACGUUGAGAUUCUGCGAGAAGAAACAGUAGGCGACGAGUCCGUGCAGCUGGAAAGCAUCAAAUCUAUGGAAGCGAGUGCGAUGGGUGAGGACGAGGUUAGUGAGCAACGAGAAGGAGCAGCCGGCGUGGGAACCUUAUAUUACAACAUAGGAGACGACGACACGGUUGUUGGCAGUCCAGGUGGUCGUGAGCUACUAGAUGCAAAAGAUCCUAACGAAUCCGCGAACACAUUUGCGGGGGACAAAGAUGGCGUACGCCGUUCCGCAGCUGCGACGCCUACGAGGCAUGUUGCGCCGCGCGUCGACACAGAUGAACAGAGAGGCAUACUGGAACUUUGCCGGCAGCUUUGGGACUUCAUCCACUGUCGAGAGCUCAAAGAUCACCUGGUAGAAUUGAACUUAUUUCUACGCGCUGUUGCAAUUGGAUAUUAGGGUUGUCGUUGAGCGACCCACGAUCAAAAAUGAGCUUCUCAGCUAGAUGAGGUAAGUCUUCAAGGAAAAGUACAUCUUGUUAUAGUUGUCUCGUCGCAUUUCUUCAUGCAGGAAACCACGAUUACGGCACGCAACUCAGCGCAACGGCCCAGCGCAAAUGUGCUGCCCCAUCAUAGAGUGUCCGCAAGUUCAGUGUUUUCCCUGGAAGCUUUACAGAAACUCGGACUGAUGCCUGCGAUGCGUGGCUUCUGCAAGGGCGUGCGCAAGAGGGGAUGUCUGUUGUUCGAUGGCUACUCCUUUCGUCUCUGCUACGAGCGAGAGUUCUGGUCAAGCAUCGAGGCCACACACAAGAAGCGCAUCGCAAGCAUCCGUCGGGUAGUAAGCGGGAAACGCAUCGUCUUCGCUGAAGACGAAGAGGCAGAUGCAGAGCAGGUGAAGACGGUUACAGGAAAUAAUCCAACACAAGAUGGUACUACUGACAAAUACGGCUUGGACACACUCGAUCCGGGGCUUGAUGUAUAUCUCAAAGAACUCCUAGGCGACAUGAUCAAGAAGCCGAAACAGACCUGGAAUCGUAAUGCAGUGCUGUGUCUUACUUGGAUUUACUAGCAGCAUUUCAUUAUUCACGAGUAUGAUCUCUUUUCCACAUAAUGCGGUGGACAGCAUUUUUACUUUGGCGAUGCAUGAUAAGCCUCAUGAUUGCAUUGCCGUUAGAAGAGCUUAUUCAUUGAUUUUGUCGUUUUGAAAAAUCGUCGACGUAGUCCUUCUUCGCCGCAAAAUGCUUUGACAAACUCCCCAGGUGAGGGCCUUGUCAUUUUCGCGGUGGUUUUCAAGCGUUCUAUGGACCCGCGUUUUCUCUACUUCGACGAGACAACAAUCGAGGACCUGCGAUCCGAUCCUGAGAUUGUAUUCGUGGAUAGCCGUGAGCCAACACCGCCACCAACGCCGCCGUCACCGGUUUCGUCAUCCGUCACUAGCGACGAGUUAUGCGCUCAUUUUUCCUUGCUUCAGAUGAUAGAAUACUCGCGGUCAAUUUUCCUUGCUUCAGAUGAUAGAAUACUCAUCUACUUGACGUUGCUUCUUGCAGUUGGUAGCUCUGAAUUGAGUGUGACUGUACGUCAAAAGAGACCAAGGGUUCUACCGAAGCUCGUGGGUCCGUAGGUUCGGGAGAGGCCCCCGAUUCAAGUUCACAUAGGUAAAUGUUUGUGAGUUUGUAGACAAGUAGGCAACAAAAAAAGGAAAAGCUCUAAACGUGCGUCGAGGUCAUGGGCGCAUGGUUUCGACGUUACUUCAACAUCCGAGUGGACAAAAGAGAUUUUCUUCCCCACAGCUUUCGAAACUGCGCAACCGCAUGGAGGAAAUGACUGAGCGGGUAUCUCAAGUACGGCACGGCGUGCGAGCAGAGCGAAAACAAGGAGUGGCCGACGUCCGUGGCAGAGUCGCGGAGGGCGACACCUCGGCGCCGCAGAAGCCACCAGGCCACGUCAAGAAGAGCGUUGCAAAACCCGUAGUCUAUGUACCGUCAAAAAGGUAUCUACCAGGUGCUUCAUCCUCGCCAGGAAAGGGUAAAGUAGGCGCUAAGGCAAAAGCAUCGCCGGCUAAGACGUCAAUGCGGGUGAGCUUUAAAGACUCUCCGGCCGUCUCUGUAGGGAAAGGAGACGAGAAGAGCAGCUUAGCGGAGAAUCGCGCGCGGACUCCAUCACCUCCAAAAGGAAAACGAACUGUUUCGCCACUCUAUGAUUCGCCGGAGAAGGCGCAGAAGCGGCUGUCAGGUCGCGGCGGAACGGCCGCGCGGCUUUUGCACCAAGGUGCAUUUGAUAAUCCGCACGUUUCCUCAGAACACACGUUGCGCGCGGCUAUGGAAGUAUUGCAGUCCUAUGAUGCGCGGAAGGAGGAGCAGCCGGAUGCGGGGUCGCAGACUACAACCGCGCAUGCCGCGAUGCGCGAGAUCCGCAACUCGUUGAGAAGAAUGACGAACCGGACUUCAAUUCCGGCUUCUGCCGGCCUCCCAAGAACCACGACAGCCGCUGGACGGCAGAGCGACCGCAAAAACUCCGCCGCAGAACUUACGAGAAUCGGGAAAACAUGAAGGUCGUCUUCUCCAUUAGCUCGUGGCUUGUUCCGUACUUAUAAAAUAUAUGUACACCAAAAAUGCGUCGCUAAUUCCUUUCCACAACAUCUUCGCUGAAAAUCUUGAUUGGAUGUGAUUCAGUCAUUGGACUAUCGAACAGUUGCUCAUAUCAGUCGGUAUUUGAUUCCGGCCGCAGGAACCCAUACGCGAGUAAGAAAAUAGACCAAUUUGUUGAUGUAGAUGAAACAAGCAUUUCCUGAUCAAUAUCUAAGUCUGGCGCUCUCUUUGCGCUGCGGUUUGCUGCAAAGACAUCUUCGUUGGACGCUCGUAAAAAUAGUACUGUUUCAGAAAUAGGAAAACUAGAGGCGGAAAAGGAGGACCUUCCGACAUCAGAAUACUUCUCACUGCCGGAACGGCCAGGCGCAGCCGUGAAGCACGUCCCUAGAAAGAGAGGAGUGGACGGAACCCUCGAGCGCCAGGUCUCCACUAGUCCACGAGGCACAAUAAAAGAACAAGGCCAGCAGGAAAUGCCAGAUCCUAGCGUCGAGAAUGUAGCUGAAUCACGACCCGGUGCAUCACCAACCUCGCCAAGAGUGUUGCGGGAUUGGAUGGCCAACGCUUUGUCUCCACGUGCUCAGCAAAUGAGUGAAGAAGCAAGGAGCGGUGCCGCUCCGGAGCUUUCUUCAACGAGUUUGCCUAGCCCACGAUCCCUUUCGCGUCUCGCGAAACCUGGGCCUCCGUCUCCGACCUCAGGAGGAAUCCGGUUAAGUCAUGAAGCAAUUGUGCACCAGCGAAAGCAGGCCAAGAUCGAGAAAGAGAUGAAAAGUAACAUGGAGACACUGGUGGAGGAGAAAAUACACGUUGCGCGUGCGAGGAGGCACCUGCACAAAAAGGGUCUUCUAAAUUAUGGCUACAUCCGCUGACGCAUCCUCAAGGACGAGAUUCCCGACCUUUUCCCAAAGGAAAAGCACAGGCGCCAGGGAUCCGAAGAAGGAUGCGAUCACUGCGUUAGCCCUAACUCAAGGUGACAGUGUCUGCUUCACCCUCGAGAUCGCCGAGAUCGGACAGUAAAACGAGGAAGGGCUCGCCAAGCCAAAUGUCAACAAACGACAACGUCUCGGCCUCACCAAAAACACCAAGAAGUCCAGGAACAGGAGGAGCUGCAAUGGCGGUUGAUGAUCAUCUUCAUGAAUCAAACUCUAGCAAAGGAAAAGGAACUGGUUGGUGGGCACCCGAGAAAGCCGGUAGAGAAACUGGUCCGGAUCCGGAUGCGGAAGAAAUUGAUAUCGAAGCCUGCAAACACCACGACCAGACGGUUGGACAACGAGGCCUGUCUGAUUAUAUCAGUGCGGCAAAAAAACAAAAAGCAACUUCCUCGCCAAAUACUGAAAUUGCAAAUAGAGGGGCUACCAGAAAAAUUACGCCAAAUACCAGAAGAACUGGGGUGACUGCGCGUCACCUCAAUGAGGCAAGACAGACAAGGGCGACGAGAGCAACAAGGGCGACGAGAGCAACAGAUAAGGAGAGCACAUCAGCAGCCCACGGGGGGGACGAAGAGGAAGUAGUACCUGUUACCGCUGCUGAGGCGGUAAAGGCAAGGAGCAACAUGAAGCGAAGCGAGAGUGGGCUUGGGUCCAGAGCUAGAGCUAAUUCCACUAUACGCGCGGCUCGCCCACGAAAUGUCUUGCGCACCUCUCCAACAUACAGCUCGUUGUCUGAAGCUGAUGCCCGCGCCGCUGCGGUUAUGAUGAUGAAACUUUCAUAAUCACAUAUGUGGUGAAGUUGAACUAGAGGCACGGUUGAUGAGGGAUCAGGUGAAGAUAUCCAUGUGGUCCAUCGUAUUCAAUCGGCCUGCAACUGCAAGUAGAGGACUGAUUUCGAGCCUUCGAUUACCCUACCAAUAGAUUUCACCGGUACUAUCUAGAGAAGGAUGAACUACCGAAGAUGUGAUGAUCAUGAACGUUCUUCAGGCGAAGGUAUUGAUAGGCACGGCUAGCAUAGUUAGUUAUAGUUUUCUAAAGACCCCACACGAGGCACACGGCGGACGAUAGAUGCGACGAAGCAAAAGAUUGUAGUUGUGCCGACGUUGAGUUUGUCCGACGUGCUAUUACGGGUUUCAAUAUGGCAUAUUUUUCUAUGCGCAUAUCUAUGUAUUGCUUUGUCAAGGCGGAUGAAGGGCAUGGAUAUGGGCGAAGAUAGAUGUGCCAACUCACUGGGUACCGCUAACCUAAGACGGUCGGGCGACUGCUGACCCGGAUCAAGCGAGCGAAGCAACCGUGAAUUUUGACGGUAGUGGCGCGGCGAAAGGACCUGCUCGUGCUCUUUCAAGCGCAGUUUCCAGCAAAACACCGCCUGUGGAGGCACGCGGCUUCGUCUCGCCUGCAGUCCCGCCGAAUCCGGUUCUUGGGAUUUUGAAUUUGGCAGGAAGCUUUGUGCAGAGGAAUGUCGGACGUCCAGCAGCGUUUAGUACUUCUCCUGCUUCGCCUGCAACGAAGCCACCUCCUGGAUCGCAGACAUUGUUGCUGACUGCAAUUUCGAAUGUUCGCGUGGUUGCAACGACGACGUCAUCAUCUAAACAAGGCGAAGUCACCCCGCCAGAUGAGAUACCAGAUGAAGGCGCUCCUGUGGUCAUCCCACCAGCUUCUGUGGUCAUUCCACCAGGUGCCCUGUCUCCUCCAUCCGGCCUUGCAACGAAGCGGCUUAUCUACGAAUGCCCACUGCGCUUUGCAUCACCUUUGCGUCCGAUUCCAAGGCCGAUCCUGCCGCCGAGUCCGAAACAGACAUCUCCGCAAAGUCCUAAAUUAUGUCUAAGACUGACCUAUAGCUUAUACCACGCGUGGCGCAUGGAGUGCAUGGAGCGCAGACCCAUAAGGGACGCAAGAAGCGCCCCCUUUAGCUCCAUGCAACUCCAUGCGAACCAUGCACCCCAUGCCGUGCGACCUGGCAGGCCUUACAUAUUAGUAGACUCCAGCGCCCGAUAGCUCUCCCAGCACUAGAACCCUCCACCUCCUUCAGGCGUUUCUUCCGUCAAGACGCGCCCCCCCCUCCUCUUCCGCCAGGGCGCGACGCUUUCUGGGCGGAGUUGAUCCGCGGAAGAGGAGUCGGGGCAGGAGGCCGCCUCUCUCAGGUUUUUGAGAUGUUUCAGAGUUUGCCUGCUUUUGAAUAUAGUGCAAGUUCUUGGAUUUAUUGGAAGCGGCGCGGUCAUUAUCAAAGUGUGCGUCAUACCUUUACGCUUCAGCUUUUUGGGGUGGAGACUUCACUUCUAUCUUGGGGAAGUUUGAAGCUUUUGGCUUGCAGCUUGAACGGGGUCUCGUGGCUUUCAGUUUGAAGCUUUGAGCUUCAGCGAAGCUCUACGCCCGCGUAAAGCUUCGGGCUCGGCGCUUGGGUUUUGCGGCUUUGGGUUUGCAAGCUGAAGCUUUGGGCUCAAAGCGUGGCUGGAUUUGGCGGGUUUUGUCUGAAGUUUUGGACUUGAGACUUUGGGUCUGAAGGCUUGGGCCUCACAUCUUGGAUGUUAUGCUUUGGCCUUGAAGCCUUCGGCCUGAAGGCUUGGAGCUGAAGUGUUGGGCUUGAGGUCUUGGCUUUGAAGGUUUGGACUUGAAGUCUUGGGCUCGAAGUCUUGGACUCGAAGUGUUAGGCUUGAAGCCUUGCGCCUGAGGCCUUGGGUUUGUGGUUUUGGCGUCGAGUUCUUGAAUUAAUUUGAAAAGUUUGAAACUUGAUCGCGGCUGAUAAAAUGAAAAAACUUGGAACGUUAGCCCAUGCGCAAAAUAGCAAACUCUUGACCUUUAUCGCUUAGAGUUUUACCCGGGCCGCCUGUGGUCGCGAUUGGCUGCACAUCAUGGGCAGCGUGUUGGCCGCGGUCGCAAUCGUAGGCGAAUGACAUGCCACAGCCACUCUUGAGGUUUUGGGGUUGAGUUCUCGAAUUUGAAAAAUUUGACAUGUCGCUUCGGGUGAUAAAGUCAAAAAUUUUCCUAUUUUAGCCAGAAAUAGUAAAAUUUUUGAUUUUCUUGUGGCUUAGAAUUUCAAAAGCGUCGCCUGUAGCUGUGAUUGGCUGCAAAUCAUGGGCAGCGUGUUGGCCAGGGUCGUGACCGUAGUCCAAUGACAUGCCACACCUGAGGCCUUGGGCUUGCGGUCUUGGUCUUGGGGUUUCGGGGUCGACUUUUUGAAUUUGAAAGGUUUUGAGCUUGAUUCUGGCUGAUAAAAUCGGAAAACUUCAUACUUUUUUAGCCCAAAAUAGCAAAGCUUUUGACUAUAUCGCUUACAGAAUUUAAUCCGAAUCGCCUGCGGCCGUGGUUGGUUAUGCGUAGGGCGUAGGCGGAACUUCGUAAGUUCAUACUCAUAAGUUCACGAGUCCAGUCCGUAAGUUCCUAGGUUUCUAGGUAGGUUCGUAGGUUCAUAGAGAGGUUCAUGGUUUUGUUGUGUGGGUGUCUUGGUUCAGGUGUUUUUGGUUCGGGAGCGUGUGGUUGAGAGAUUGGAGGAGACGUUGUUGCUUUUUUAUUUUGCUCUUUAAUAUUCUGCUAUGUAGAAUGAAAAUGGCAACAUCUCUAGUUUUACCCGCAAGAAGGAUUUCCACUUAGAUUCGAAUUAGUACAGCACGUGUUCCCCUUCGCUGAUGAAACAAGCUAGAUGCUUUUCGAGUGAAAAUAUAGUUCUAAAAUAAAGUGCAUUUCCAGGAGAUGUACAGGAUCGGGCGACCGCGACUUCCACGAGCCCAGAGGUUCGCAUAGUGGAGGAGUCACUCAGUCCUGAGAAAUAUGUCCCGCCCGUAAGCCUCGGGUCACCGAUAAGAAUCUUACGACCGAACUUGAAGCCGCACAAUCAUCGCGACGUGGGCGUGAAUACAGAUGACGACAUGCUAUCAUUGACGGGGAGCUUCAUCGAUCUCGUACCGGCUUGGCAUACGCGUGAAAUGCGGAAAUGGAGCGUGGAAGAUGUACCUGAACAUGAACUGGAUAGUCGCAUUCCAAUGCAUGCACUCCAUUGAAAUGAAUUUAUAACUAGUUAUAGCGAACCAACAAGAUUUCGAUCUUGGAUUAGUGAUGAUGCUGAUGUUACUAGAGGAGUCUGUUAUCCUCACCCUCGGUUCAUCAAUAAGGUAUGUGCAUAUGCCGCGGCUACAGUCGGAGAAGAGUGCUCAGUGUUGCUACGAAAACAGCAUGUUUCGGGUAAAGUGUUGCAAAGCCUGUCAGAGAAAGACUGUGGCAACUACCUUGCAGAAUUACCAACGCAACAACGAGCGAAGCUGUUGGAGAGUUUAAAGGGGAUGCGUGCUUUGAACGAAGUCCGCAAGGCGCUGUCCAAUAGUCGCCACGCAACUCCAAAGAUUAUGGCGGUUUAUAUGAUCAAGUUGGACAACUACUCGAGGGUCAUGAGGGAAGUAACGAUAUGACUGUAGUUCGCAGUGGUUAUUUCCUCGUGGCUGCUUCAUGAGGGUUGCUUAUAUUCGUUCCGGGUUAGUCUAGAAACAGAAAUGAGUUCCCACAGCUGUGAAGAGCAUGUGCGAUGUAUUGGCUCUAAUGACUGCAGUAAAGAGGUGGCAGUAGUACUACCCCCUAAGGCGUAUAAGGGCAGCCUAGGGGCGUCAGUGCCGCCGUGGGGAACGGAUGCGGAGGAAGCAAUUAAGUAGGAAGCUGCGAUGGAACGACUUCAAUUUUGUUCUAGGUAGUGACUGUCGUUUUGAUUUUAAUAGUGUUGUUUUUUCUCUCCAAGGCUUUUAAUGCCGAAUUGGUGACCAAUGGGCCCGAGGACAUCAAGCCGGGACAUCUAGGACAACUCAAAAAGCAUGAUUAUACUAUAGAGUGAAGGGAAAUCUUGAAGUUCUGUAUUUUAUAAUGAAGACGAGUUGGCGAUGAUGUAGUUUGGCGCGCCUCACACGGUUUCGAUUGAUUUUGUUCGUAUUUACGCCUAUGGCUAUAACCAAAACGAAUAGAUGCACAGCGUAGAGACACUGAUUCUAGAAUAGGUUCAAAUAAUCACAAAGCUAGUUCUUGAUUGUAACUUCGAGCCACAUCAUACAUGUAGUUUUCAUUGAGUAAAAGAACUGUAAUUGUAUAAUAGAGAUCGUUGGUUAUCUGCACAUCAGGGGACUGCGUAAAGUAUAAACGCAUACGUCAUAUUCAAGUUCAUCGCAUAAAGUAAUAUGAAUAACAUCAAAGACUUACCAGAUUUUACCAUAAUGUUUGAACUUUGUACUUUACCUCAUUCUGACAAGUUGCGUAUGACUAUUAUCAUAUCAAUAUCAUAAUGCUCGGAUGGAUAAGAUGAGAACAAUUGAUGCUGUUUAGAAGUUUGAAUUUCCAAGAAAGGCGCAUGGGCGAAUUAAUCGCGAAGAUAUUCAUAGAAAGAUACGUAACUCAUGUUGAUGCUCAAGCAAUGAACAGACGCGUCACGAGCGCGCGAAGCAUAUUAGCAAACCUAGUAAUGAGGAAGGCUUAUUUAUGAAGAAC